AUGAUCUGUCAACAGGAACGAUGUUUUAUCAACUUUCAUGCCAGAAGGUUGUUAAAUUUUGAAGAGGUUAUGAAGUUAGAGAAUCAUCACAAAAAUUAUCAAAUUUUUUGAACGAUGCUUACUAAUCGAAGUUAUACAGUAUAUGCAAGCAAAUAUAAUUAGAAGACGUUGUUUUUUAAAACUAAUAUUGUAUCUCGUUUAAAUAGUGGCACUUGUCAAAAUGGCAAUACUAGAAGAAGGCAAGACGUGGAUACUGGAAUUAGAAGCAGCAUUGCUUGAUGACGAAGCACCAUCUGCGUCUGACAUAUAUGCAAUAUGUAAAGGUCAGGCAGUACCUGAAGAUCUAAGACCAGAUGUUUGGCAAGCAUGUUUAGAUGUUGCUGAUCGAGGUAAUCAACUAAGCCAUUUUAAUGAGGUAUUUGACUUGCCGGAACAAAAUAUUAUACGAGAUGAUUGUGUAGAAUUUGUUGCAAAACUUGGAAAUGACGAUGAAGAUAAAGUGUUUGUUGUUUCCGACUUGGAAUCAAUUAUAACAUAUUAUUGUAAAACUAAAGGAGUGCAAUAUGAAAGAGGAAAUGGUUGGUUAGAAUUACUUGGUCCAUUAGUAGCUUUAAAAUUACCACGCUCUUCAACAUAUAAUUUAUUUGAGGCAAUAAAAAAAUUAUAUAUUCCAAGAGGUGAAAUAUAUAGUUCUGUAUUAAGACUUUUGCUGUUAUAUCAUGAGCCAGAAUUGUGUUCCUUUUUGGAUACAAAAAGGGUAUCACCUGAUCAAUAUACGAAAGGGUGGGUGAAUACUUUAUUUGCUGGUGUAUGUUCAUUACCAGCUGUAUGUACAAUGUGGGAUUUAUAUUUUAUGCAAGCUGAUCCUUUUUUUAUGUUGUUUCUUUCUCUUAUAAUGGUAAUAAAUGCAAGAGAGCAAAUAUUAAGCAUGAAAGAUGAAGGUAAACAAAGUAUAAUAGAUGCCAUAUCAAUGAUGCCAUGUGCUUUGGAAGCCGAAGAUGUAACAGAUUUUUGUUCAUUAGCACAAUAUUAUGCAAUGAAAACUCCAUCAUCUUUUAAAAACGACUUGUAUCCUGUUAUGUUUGGUGAUAAUUAUGAAAAUAAAUUGAUAUCGCAUGCUUUAUGUUUACCAGUAUCUGCGCAAGAAUUAGUAGAAAAUGCUAUUGAAACUCCGUCCAUGUCUAACAAUUCUGUUGAAUCAGUUAGAUUUUUUUUAGUUGAUUGUCGACCUGCAGAACAAUAUAAUGCAGGACAUUUGCCAACCGCAUUUCAUUUGGACUGUAAUUUGAUGUUACAAGAACCAUCUGCAUUUGCUACUGCAGUACAAGGAUUAUUACAAGCACAGCGUCAUGCAGUAGCUGUUGGUUCGGACGCAGGAGGAGAACAUCUUGUCUUUUUAGGUAGUGGCAGACAAGAGGAAGAUCGAUAUACUCAUAUGGUAGUGGCUUCUUUUUUGCAAAAACACACUCAAUAUGUGAGCAUGGUUACUUCAGGGUACCAAGCAAUACACGAGUAUUUUGGAGACGAAGUGGUUUCUAGUUUGGUCGAUCAUAAUUCGCAACAUUGUUUGGUAUGUAAUGCCAACAUGUCGGAGACUAAUUCUAAUGAAGCAAGUCCAAAUAAAACAAAGAACAAUAAUAUUGAUCUGUUUGGGAAGAUUGGUAUGGUAAUGAGAUUAAAGAGUCAAAAAGUAAAAGGAAAACUUUUUGAUUAUAUAGUUAAUCCUUCUGCGAGUGUUAAUAGCAAUAUGGAUAUGAGGGGUAAUAAAGAUUUAGAAUACAUUAGACGAUCAAGAAAAACACCACCCGUUUUUAGUAUAGAUGAUGAUCAAGAAUUGGAUAUGACAAUGACUAAUAAUGAAAGUGAAGAACCUAUCGAGGUUGUAUCUAUUCAGCAAUGGAUGAAAGAUCCUAAAUUAUUACAUUCCUUCAAGUGUCAAGAAGUUAAAGUUAAUGGAGACCUUUGUAAUAGCUUAUUGUUAAUUACUGAUACCCAUCUUAUUGUACUCCGUGAGAUACAAGAACGUAGAGGUGCAGCACACGUAAUUGUUAAACGUCUUUUAACUAGUAUUGUUAAAAUAACAUCCAGAAAACGACAUUCAGACCUAAUUACUUUCAAAUAUGGUACUACACAAUGUAAUCAUACAGUGAUCACCGAUAUGGAUAAAUUUCUUAUACCUAAUGCAAGCGAAGCAACUAAAUUAAUCACAGAACAAAUUUUAAAACAAUUGGAACCAUCUAACGAAAAUAACGAAAAUAACGAAAAUAACGAAAAUAACGAAAAUAACGUAAGUUCUAAAUGAGUACAAUAAUUGAAUUAUAGUAUAUGAUUUUAAUUGCAGAAGGAAUUCAUUUAUGAAUAAUAUAUUGAAAGUUUUUAAUUUAUCUUAUACACAUAAAUAUAAAAUAUUAUAAACGUUUAUCUCUGCUUUUAAUACAAUAUAUAUUUAUUUUGAUAGUUAACAAAAUGAAAUUCAUAAGGUAUUACAAAAUCGGUAGACCACGAUAACAUUUAUUAUAAUUAAUAAUAAUUAAAUUACAUCUCUUUGAAUCAAUUCAUAUUUCAUAUAUAAAAUUAUAGAUUUUUAUUUUAUUAUAGGGUAACUUAAAACUUGUGUUGUGAGCUGAUUGCCCGAGUCUAGUCAAAAAUUUGUCAUGUUGUACAUUAUGCACACAGAGAACUUAAAUUUUUUUCUAAUAAAUCAUUAUAAAUGAAAUAUAAGGAAAAGAAAAUACAUUCAUAUAAUAUAUAAUAUAUGAAAUAGUAUUAUAUAUUCUAUAUUUGACUAUAACAUGUAAUAGCUUUCAUAUAAACACAUCUUGCAUUCAAUAAUGUUGAUACAUAUACAUUUUAUAUUUAUAUUUAACAUAUACCAUAUAGGAAAAACAUAUUCCAUUUCAUUUCUUCACAAAUUUUAUAAACUGGCUGUGAUAGAAACUAUGAUUCUAUUAAUAGAUUUUAACAAGUUCUUAAUGCAUAAUGUACAUGCAAGACUGAGGGCUUAAUAUAUGAAAAAAAACUCGAAAAACAAUAUAUAAUCGAAUAGCAAAUGAAUUAAAUUUUGAAAUUUUUAAACACAAUAUGAUUAUCAUGGUAUUAAUAUAAAUAUAUGAAAUAUUGUUUAAUUUUUUGUUAAUAGUUCACAUUAUUUAAAGUACUUAAGAUAUUAAUUUAAAUGAAUGAUGUUGUUACCAGAGUUAAACUAAUAAUUAAUUUAAAAGAUAUUUUCAUUUUAUAUAAUAUGAUGUAACGCAAUUAUACAUGUAUUGUACUGUUUAGUGAUUUGUGAAAACUAAGUUUUUAUAUACAAAAAAUAAAUUCAUUGAAA